AUGACGGUAGAGGCAAUUUUUAUGGAACGAAACAACACCAAAAAGCAACAACAAUGUUUUCCCCUUGUUUUUUCUUUCUCUCUAUCUCACUAUAUAUAUAUAUAUAGUGUGUGUGUCUGCGGCUUAGCUUCCUUUAUAUGGUUGGCCUUAUCAUUACUGUUACGGAUGUCCCUCACGUGUGAUAUUAUUAUAUGUAUUUAUAUGCACAUAUUAUUUUUUAUGUCUGUUAAUAAAUGCAGUAGAAAUAAAGUAUGGCAUAAGUCGAUCAGGCUAUCAGUAUUAGGCGAAUGGACGUCUGAUAGCUCAAUACAGAAGUGCGAAAUAUGUGAGGUCAAAUUUAAUUUCGGGUGCAGGCGUCAUCAUUGUCGGUACUGUGGCGGUAUUUUCUGUGCGUCAUGCUCGAGCUUUUUUGUUAAAUUACAAAAGCUUCAUGUAAAUAAACGACGACGGGUGUGCCGCAAAUGUUUUGAAUUUCUUUGA